AUGGAGGCCGAGAGCGCGGCCGAGGCGGCGGCCAGAGACGCCCUGGCCCAGGUCACAGACGUUGUCUCGGAGCCGAGGGGCCCGCAGGAGGAGGCGGAACUGCCCGCGCAGAUCCUGGCGGAGUUCGUGGUGGACGCCCGCAAGAAGGACAAGCUGCUCUGCAGCCAGCUCCAGGUGGUCGACUUCUUGCAGAACUUCCUGACUCAGGAGGAUGCCGUGCAGGGCCUGGACCCCAUGGCCUCCGAAGACACGAGCCGGCAGAAGGCGACCGAAGCCAAGGGGCAGUGGAAGGAGCUGAAGGCCACCUACCAUGAGCACGUGGAGAACAUCACAAGCGCCUUGAGCCAGGUUCUGUCCAAGGUGGAGGAGACUCAAGCAAAGCGGGUGCAGCUCCAGGAGGCGCUGGAGCAGCUCGAGGCCAAGAAGCAAGUGGCUGUGAAGAAACGCAGAGAAGCCCAAAAGCAAUGGCGUCUACAGCAGGAGAAGCAUCUGCAGUGUCUGGCAGAAGUUUCUGCAGAAGUAAGGCAAUGCCAGGAAAGAUCUCAGCAGGCACUUAAGAGGCUAGAAGAGGAAGUUGAAACCAUGAAGCAGAAGGCAGUACAGGAGCAAGACAAGCUGCAGCGGCACCAGACCUUCCUCCAGCUGCUGUCCGUCCUGCAGGGUAAGCCACUAUCCCUUGAGUCAGAGAAAGAAACAGCCCCACAGGAGGAGAACCUUCCUGACCUGGCACCAUGUGAAGAAUGUCAGAGGCAUUAUGGCAAGGACUGGGAAAUGUUCUGCAAAUUUAAGGAGAAGUGGGGCAGAUAGGGAAGUAGAAGGAGAAAUGAGGGAGAUUUACCUUUGGCUUAACCCACCUUACCAUACUUUGUCU